UCUGUCAUAAUUCAGUCAGUAUGAAGCUCAGUAAACUUCCUCUCGUGCUCUUGUUGAUUUCACACAUUCACUCUGGACACACUGAAGAUAGAGUCCAGACAGUUUUAGGUGUUUCUCCACAGAAGUGGUUGGCUGAAGGAGAUCCAGUGACUCUGAUCUGUGAAGUUUACGGCAACUCUACAGGCUGGACAUUCAGCUGGUACACUCUAAAUGUUUCAUCAGACAACAGAUAUAAUUUUCAGCUGCUCUCAGACAGCAGCAGAGGAGCUGGAGGAAACUACACUGUCAGUUCUGCUGCUCUAAAACACACAGGAGUUUAUGUGUGCAGAGCAGAGAGAAGAAAACCAGCAUAUAACACAACUUACAGCAACACACAGCCAGUAUGGGUCACUGGUAUUUCUCCUCGAGUCUCUCUGAUCAUCAGUCCCAGCAGAACUCAACACUUCACAUCUGUCUCUCUCUCUCUGAGCUGUGAGGACCAGAGUAACUCUGAUAGAUGGAGAGUGAAAAGAUACACGGAGAGUUUGGGUCUGGAAGAUUGUUCAUCAUCACUGUGGGUAUCACAAACAGGUUCUACGUGUACAUUCAUCUUUACCAGCAAAUCAGACACUGGAGUGUACUGGUGUCAGUCUGAAUCUGAAGAAAAAUAUGAUCCUGUUAAUAUCACUGUACACUUAGUUGUGAUUCUGGAGAGUCCUGUUCAUCCUGUGACUGAAGGAGAUACUCUGACUCUACGCUGUUUAUAUCAACAUUCAACUCCACCAAACCUCAGAGCUGAUUUCUAUAAAGAUGGAUCACUCAUCCAGAAUCAAACUACAGAGAUGAUCAUCUCUACUGUCUCAAAGUCACAUGAGGGUUUCUACUACUGCAAACACUCAGAGAGAGGAGAGUCACCCAAGAGCUGGAUCUCAGUCAGAGUGUCUCCUUCAGAAUCUCAGAUCUCUGUACUCCACACACUCAGUUCUGUUCUGGCAGUUUGUCCAUAUCUGCUAGUGACAGUCGUGCUGAUUUUCAAAUGCUGCAGGAUGAGAGGUACAUGUUGAAGAUGAAGAAGCUUUAAUUUAAUCGGUUGUGACGGUAAAAAAACGAAAUCUUCAGAUAUUGACUGCAGUCAUUAUCAAAAGUGAAGAUGACGUUUAGGAUCGCUCUGUGUCUGCAUGAAAAACAGAAGUCAUUCCUGAUUCACGAUGAUUAACUUUUUGGCAUCUCAUGGUUGUUAAAGUCAACAUGAACCAGAAUUACUAGCCCACUUGACCUUCAUUAAUUUCAGGUCUAAUUAGCAUACCUACAUACAUAAAUGUUGUGCAUGCGUACAGUGGAAAAUGAAAUCCUUAAACUAAAUUAUUAUUAUAAUUUUUUUUUUUAAUGAAGCCUAGAUUAUAAUCCUAGUCAUGGUCUUUUUCAAAAGACAUGUAGACACUUUUUACUGAAUUAAAAGCAAGCAGUAAUGUAACUGAAUUUAAA